GCAUGUGGGUAUCUUUCCAGUGUAUUAUCACAUACCCAAACCUCUCUCCUCUCAUCAUAAAAACAACCCCUUUUUUCCUUUACCUCUCAUCUUUCAUUUCUCAUUCUCCACAGUUUCUUUCUUUCACUCUUUUUUUUGCCCUAUCUAAUAGGGUUCCCAUCAUCUUCAAGCUCCAAUCUUUCUCAUGCAUUCGUGUCUUCAAGCCAUACACGGUGACGUUUUAGCCUUCUUCCUUUUUGGGUCUCUUUUUUUGUCUCUCUUUGGAGGGUUUUUGGGCGUGGAACAGUGCAUAUUUGACCUCCCGGGGUUUUUUGAGCUGUACUCAUGUCAAAGCUCUUUGCUUUUAGCGGAAGUGAUGAUUUUUGCCCUGGGGGGUCAAUCUACCCAAACCUCAAGGAGUCAAGUCUCUUUUUGUACCCUAACCAGGAUGUGUAUUUCCCUCCUUGCAAGAGGUACCGCAUCAGUGCCCCAUUCGUUUUCGCUGGAGGGAAGUUUGAGCAAAAGAAGCCUUCAAUCGAGGUCCUCCCCGAUGAAUGCUUAUUUGAAAUCUUCAGACGGUUACCUGGAGGCCAAGAGAGGAGUACCUGUGCUUGUGUUUCCAAGCGCUGGCUUACACUUGUAAGCAACAUCCGUAGAGAUGAAAUCAGUGAUAAUCAAACCCCCCAAGCUUCGGAUCUUGAGCACGAGAAUACUGAUAAGAAAGGUGGAGUUUCUUCUGAGGAUGUAGAUUCGGAUGUUGAGGGUGAUGGAUACCUCUCAAGGAGUUUGGAUGGGAAGAAAGCAACAGAUAUUAGACUUGCAUCUAUUGCUGUCGGAACAGCUAGUCGUGGAGGAUUGGGGAAACUUUUCAUUCGAGGAAGCAAGUCCAGGCAUGGAGUAACUACUGUUGGCCUCAGAGCCAUUUCCCGCGGGUGCCCUUCUUUAAGGGUUCUUUCCUUGUGGAAUUUGUCUUCUGUUGGAGAUGAAGGUCUUUGCGAGAUUGCCAACGGGUGUCACCAGCUAGAGAAGCUUGACCUUUGCCACUGUCCCUCAAUUACUGAUAAGUCUUUGCUUGCUGUAGCAAAGGGCUGCCCUAACUUGACUGAUCUGACCAUCGAGGGUUGUGCAAACAUUGGAAAUGAAGGUCUUCAAGCAAUAGCACGUAGCUGUCCCAAUCUAAAGUCCGUUUCCAUCAAAGAUUGCCCCCUUGUUGGAGAUCAAGGAGUUGCGAGCCUGUUGUCUUCAGCCUUGUAUUCCCUCACAAAAGUCAAGCUCCAGGCCUUGAACAUCACUGAUGUCUCUCUUGCUGUUAUCGGACACUAUGGCAAGGCAGUGACCGACCUUUCCCUCACUAGCCUUCCAAAUGUGACUGAAAAGGGCUUCUGGGUAAUGGGUAAUGGUCAUGGACUACAGAAAUUGAAAUCUUUCACAGUUACAUCCUGCCGUGGAGCGACAGAUUCGGGACUUGAAGCUGUUGGAAAAGGUUGCCCGAAUUUGAAGCAGUUAUGCCUCAGUAAAUGCCCUUUCUUAUCUGAUAAGGGGUUGGCGUCUUUAGCCAAAGCAGCCGGUUCACUAGAGUGCUUGCAACUGGAGGAGUGCCACAGAAUCUCCCAGUUUGGGUUUUUUUGCUCCCUUAUUAACUGUGGUGCAAAGUUGAAGGUUAUUUCCUUUGCAAACUGUUUAGGCAUUAAGGACCUAAACUCGGGAUUGCCACCUCUAUCCCCUUGUGAAUCCCUUAGAUCUUUGUCCAUCCAUAACUGCCCUGGUUUCGGCGAUGCUAGCUUGUUUGCGUUGGGGAAGUUGUGCCCUCAACUGCAGCAUGUAGAGUUGUGUGGGCUUCAUGGAAUAACAGAUGCUGGGGUUCUCCUGUUGCUCGAGAGUUGUGAGGCUGGUUUAUUAAAGGUUAAUCUCAGCGGUUGUGUGAAUUUGAGCGACAAAGUUGUUCAAACGAUCUCCAACUUGCAUGGGUGGACUCUAGAACUGCUGAAUCUCGAUGGUUGCAAGAUCAGCGACGCUAGUUUAGUUGCAAUUGCCGAAAACUGUCAGUUGCUAACUGAUCUCGAUAUCUCCAAGUGCACCAUCACCGAUUCUGGAAUCGCAGCUCUGGCUCAUUUCAAUCCGAUCAAUCUGCAGAUCCUUUCGGUAUCUGGGUGCUCUAUGGUUUCAGACAAAAGCUUGCCUUCACUUGGAAAACUGGGUGAGACCCUCUUGGGGUUAAACCUACAGCAAUGCAAAGCAAUCAGCAGCCGUGCCGUGGAGCUACUUACGGAGCAGCUAUGGAGGUGUGAUAUCCUUUUCUAAACUAAUGCAUACAAACUCCUCCAUACAUAGAUUUUUCAGAACAGCCUUUGCAAGUAGCCAGCCGCUUUUUCCUCCAGUACUUGGUCCCCUUUUCCAGGGAAUACGGUCGUUCUUUCUUUCUUUCUUUUUUUGCAGGUUUCCAUCAUCCGGGAUGAUCUGCUACUACUUUUUGAGCCUGAAAAUGGGCGUCGGUUUCUUCAUGGCUGAAUUUCCCUGAGAUGGGUUCUGGAUUUUUGCUUAGCCUUUGUGCAUAUUUGCUUUAGGCCAAAGCUUUUGCUUAAUAUUGUCCUUAUUUGAAGUAGGUUUUCCAAUGUUGGGUUGUAGUUUGAGGUUGCUUUUUGCAGUUUCAAAGCGUGGUGUUGCAAGCUUUUCAUGGGCUUUGACCAUGGCAGCUAUAUAUAGUCUGCCAUGACAACUCUUGUAGUUGUUUUUUUUGUUUUUGUUACCAAGCCCUGGUUUUGCUGGUUUCAUCUGCUCUGAAACUGCCAACUGUAACCUCUCAAAACCAUGUAAUAAAAUUUAAUUUCAUGUAUGUUUUUCUGCUCUCAUGAUGAAUAAAAAAGUUAUUAAAUUAUAA